UGAGUGCAACAACGAAACAAUGUUUGGGUGGCUGUUAAUAAUUGCAGUUUCUUUGGCUUACGCCUUGAAUAAAUACAUUUUUGGCUACUGGGACAGAUUAAAAGUGCCAGGUCCAGCUCCUACCUUCUUCAUCGGAAACCUUGGACCUUUCAUUUUUGGAAAGAAGACAUAUCACGAGUUUUUUCAUGACAUAUACAAGAACUGGCAUGGUUAUCCGUUCGUUGGAAUCUACAAGUCUGGAUCACCAGCUUUGCUGGUCAGAGAUCCGGAUCUACUAAAGGCCAUCACAGUGAAAAAUUUUAAACAUUUCUACAACAAUGACUUAUAUUUCGACAAGAAAAACGAUCCGAUUUUGGGGAGGAACCCGUUCUUCCUGCGUGGAGAAGAUUGGAGGAAAUCCAGGGCAAUACUAACACCUUGUUUCACUUCAGGAAAGAUGAAGCCAUUGUUUCCAUUAAUUGACAACGUAAGCACCAACUUGGUAAAAUAUAUCAACAAACAAAUUGAGGCGAACAACUCCACCUUAGAAUUAAAGGACAUUUGCACCAAAACCACUCUGGAAAACGUCGCAAUUUCAGCUUUUGGACUCGAAGCUAAGUGCUUCGACAACCCAAACUCCGACUUUAAACAAUUGGCCGAUAAAUUUAUUACACCAGGAGGCUUACAAGCUUUUAAAUUCAUGAUCGUAUCGCUGUUACCCUGGAUGGCCAAGAUCUUGUCCCUUAAAUUGGUCACCAAAGAUAUUGAGACGCACCUGACGUCGCUCAUUCAAACAACGGUGGAGUAUAGAGAGAAGAACAACAUCCAAAGGAACGAUUUCCUCAAUACUUUGAUGCAAUUACGUCAAAACAACCCCAACUUCGAAAUGAUGGAUGUGGUUGCUAAUGCUGCAACCUUCUUCGGAGAUGGCUAUGAAACUAGUUCCACGGUUUUGAGCUUCGCACUGUUCGAGCUGGCUCUCAAUCCAGAUGUGCAAGACAAGCUCAGGAGAGAAAUUCUAACGAAGAUUGAAGAGAACAAGGGGGAGCUAACCUAUGAGUUGAUCAUGGAGAUGGAAUAUUUGGAUGCUUGUUUGAGCGAGUCACAAAGGACUUAUCCCUCUUUAAGUGUGCUCACCAAGAUGUGCACAGAGAAGUUUACGUACCAAACAACCAACAAGGAGGAGUUUAAGGAUUUGUCCAUUACUAUUGAACCAGGAACCAGUAUUUUGUUACCGUGGGCUUCCUUCUUCAAGGAUGAGAAAUACUUUCCGGAAAGUGGCAAGUAUAUUCCUGAAAGGUUCCUGAAGGAAAACAACUCUUUAUCAGAUGUAGCCAGGGGUGUUUUCAAACCUUUUGGUGAUGGACCAAGGGUUUGCUUAGGACAAAAGUUCGGCCUACUACAGAUUAAAUUAGCCAUGGUGCAUAUCGUAAAGAACUUUAGGAUUGUUUUUAACAAGAAGACUAAAAUGCCUCUGACCUUUGACCCCGUUUAUAUUCUGCUUUCUCCCGUUGGUGGACUCUGGGUGGACUUCGAGAAACUUUAGGUUGUUUGUGUCAUAACCUCAAAACCAAAUACGCUUUUUUAAUAUUUUAGUGAUUUUAUAAACCGUUUACUUACUUACUUAGUUACUAAGAUUUAGUAAAAUUUAUUAUUUUAAAUAUAAAUUUGACUAGAAAGAA